AUGGCCGCGGCCACAGAGGAUUCCAUUCCCGAUCAUCGUGAAAAAUUUGAUACAUCCCAAACGAUGCCGUUCAAACUUGAUGACGUGGCAGCUGAUGUGAAUGUUGUAUCAGAAACGGCGUCGUUGAAGGAAGCAGAAUCUUUUCCUGAUCGAGAAAAACAAACUAUGAAUAUCGGGGUCGAAACGGCGUCGUUGAUAGGUUCGGUUGAAGGUGAUGACGUGGCAGCUGAUUCUUCUUCUUCCGUUAAACCUACCGUCGUAGAGCCGAUAAUCUACUGCAGAAGGAAAAAUAAACAUGGAGGAAAGAGUAAUGUAGCGUUGAAGAAACCGUUAGAGGAUGAAACAAACGAAGGAACUGGGAAAGGUGAUGAUGUCGUGGCAGAUGGAGGUUCUGAUUCUGUUCCGCCGGAGAAGACUAAACGCGGCGUAAAGAGGAAGACGGAGAAGGAAGAUGAAGUUGGUGAAGGUGAUGACGUGGUGGCGGGAGGUUCAGGUUUAGGUUCUGUUAAUGUGACUGUGAGGAAGAGUGAACGUCCUAGGAAGAUUAAAUCGGUUCCGGAGGGUUUUGUGUCGGAGAUGGAUGUGGCACUGAUGAAGAACGAAACUCGUGAAAGGAAGAAGGCGAUAAUGGAUGUUUUUAAUGCGGUAAUUGCUGCAGGAAAAGAGGAAGAUGUGAUGAAAGAGGAGAAGAAACCGGGUAGAAAAAGGAAGAAUGAUUAUAGUUCUGAAGAAGAAUAUAAAAGGAAGAAUGAUUAUAGUUCUGAAGAAGAAUAUAAACCUGAACUAGAUGAGGAAAAUGUGAAGAAAGAAAAGAAGAAAUCUAGUAGAAAAAGGAAGAAUGAUUAUAGUUCUGAAGAAGAUUAUAAACAUGAACUAGAUAGGGAAAAUGUGAAGAAAGAAAAGACGAAACCUAUUAGAAAGAGUAAGAAAGUUUCUAGUUCAGAAGAAGAAAAUAAAGCUGUACUUGAUAAGAAAAAUGUAAAGAAAGAAAAGAAGAAACCCGGUAUAAAAAAGAAGGUAGUUUCUAGUUCUGAAGAAAAUGAAGCUGCAAAAGAGAGGGAAAUUGGUGGUUUUAUCAAGAAAGAGAAGAAAACACCUGGUGGAAAAAUUAAGAUUGAAAAGAAUGAUCUGGUCUCUGAAAAGCAGUCUGAGAGUGAUGUGGUGAAGGUAGAGAAACAGGACUCUCCUGAAAUUGUAACUGAAACUGAAACGCCAUUGUCUCGUGAUAAUAAAGGUUAUUCUUUACGGGGGACUAGAAACAAGAAACCUACAAUUGUUGAACAUGUGGUGCCAAAAUUCAAUAAGAGAAAUGCUAAGUGGGUUGAAGAGGAGUCAUUAAUGUGCCAUCAAUGCCAGAGAAAUGAUAAGGGUAGGGUUGUCAGAUGCACUAGCUGCAAACGGAAAAGAUUUUGCAUACAUUGUAUAAAUAAUUGGUAUCCUAACUGGAAAGAGGACGAAAUUGCUGAGAAAUGUCCGGUGUGCUGUGGUAAUUGCAAUUGCAAAGCAUGCUUGCGAUCAUGUGUACUUGUCAAUGAAAUAAAAGAGAAGAAGACAAAAACCAACAAAGAUCACGAGGUUGGGCCCUCCAAGUAUAUGCUAAAAGAACUUCUUCCGCAUUUAAUACGAUUGGAUGAGGAACAAAUGACCGAGAAGGAGAUAGAAGCGAAAAGACAAGGGCUCCCACUAUCGGAGCUAAAAAUAAAAGUAGCAGAUUACUCUAAAGAUGAGCGCGUGUACUGUGAUAACUGCAAAACGUCAAUAUUUGACUACCACAGAAGCUGUACAAAAUGCUCAUUUGACAUCUGUCUUCUCUGUUGCUGCGAGCUUCGUGGUGGCAAGCUUCUAGGUGGUGAUGAUCCAAUUGAGUUUGAGUUUAUCUUCCGAGGGCGUGAUUAUCUGCAUGGUGGAGAUGAAGAGAGACAAGACAGAAAAAAGAAACCUUGUUCUGCAACCCAGCCCGAGAUUCGUGAAUGGUCAAAAUCCAGGUGGCAUGCAGAUACUGAUGGUAACAUUCCUUGUCCAAAAACCAAUAAUGAUUGUGACCAUGGUUUCCUUGAACUGAGAAGCAUACUUCAACCAAAUUGCAUAUCUGAGUUAGUAUGUAAAGCAAAAGAACUUGUAGAGGAAGCAACGAAACUUCAAGAUGCAGAGGAGACUCUUGAUAAUUGGUGUUCUUGUUUAAAGUCUAGGGAUUCAGAUGAUAUCCACACUAACACAAGGAAGGCAGCUUUUCGUGAAGAAUCCAGCGAUAACUUUUUAUACUGUCCUAGGGCUGUAGAUCUACAUCAUGAGGAUUUAAGACAUUUUCAAUUGCACUGGAGCAAAGGGGAACCUGUAAUUGUCAGCAAUGUACUUGAAUGUACAUCUGGUUUAAGCUGGGAACCACUUGUCAUGUGGCGUGCAUUCCGUCAGAUAAGCAACACCAAGCAUAAAACACUUUUGGAUGUGACGGCAAUUGAUUGCUUAGAUUGGUGUGAGGGAGAGAUUAAUGUGCACAAAUUCUUUACUGGGUACACAGAGGGUCGUAAGGAUUGGAGUAAUUGGCCUCAGGUUUUGAAAUUGAAAGAUUGGCCUCCUUCUAAUUUAUUCGAGGAAAGCUUGCCUCGUCAUUGUGCCGAGUUCAUAUAUUCUUUGCCUUAUAAAGAAUACACAGAUCCUUUCAAGGGCGCCCUUAACCUUGCUGUGAAGUUGCCUGAAGGUGUUCUAAAGCCAGACAUGGGCCCAAAAACAUACAUUGCUUAUGGAUUUGCUCAAGAACUUGGGCGGGGUGAUUCUGUGACUAAGCUCCAUUGUGAUAUGUCUGAUGCAGUAAAUGUGUUGACUCAUAUUGCUAAAGUUGAAUUGAAACCUGAGAGUAUUAAUGCCAUCAAGAAACUGAAACAAAAGCACCUCAAGCAAGACCAAAGGGAGCUACAUCUACAUGGUGAUAAUCAGGAUGGACAAACCAACGUUAGCAUGCUUGAUAAUUCAUCGUCUUCCAAAAAUGCAUCAGACGAGCAGAAUAGAGUCAUGGAUAAUGAAAAUGGGUUAUGCAAUGAGAAGGCGGCUGAUCCUGUUCAUCAACACUCAGGUGCAGAUAAUGACGGCCUUUCUUCUGCAUCAAAGCUCAAAGAGGUUGAUAAAGUGAUUGUGAAUAAAGAUAAUAGUUUGUUGGUUGGGGAUGAUUCUUUAGAUGGGGCUCUCUGGGAUAUUUUUCGGAGAGACGAUGUACCAAAAUUGGAGGAAUAUCUAAAGAAGCAUUUUAGAGAGUUCAGGCAUGCCCAUUGCUCUCCUAUAAAGCAGGUUGUUCACCCCAUCCACGAUCAAACCUUUUAUUUGAGCAUUGAGCAUAAGAAGAGACUUAAGGAGGAGUAUGGAAUUGAGCCCUGGACUUUUGUUCAGAAGCUAGGAGACGCUGUUUUCAUUCCAGCUGGUUGUCCCCACCAAGUCCGUAAUCUUAAGUCAUGCACCAAGGUUGCUCUUGACUUUGUCUCUCCUGAAAAUGUCGGCGAGUGCUUUCGCUUGACAGAGGAAUUCCGCAAACUUCCAAUAAAUCAUAGGUCCACCGAGGACAAAUUGGAGGUGAAGAAAAUGAUUAUAUAUGCUAUGCUUGACCUGGUCGACACCUUGGAGAAAGCAAGGUUCCUGUGUAAAUUGUAA